CGACGGCACACGGUUGACAUCGGCCAGCAGCUUCCCUUUCCCCCGUUCUUCACGCUACCGCUGGCUACCGUGUGCUGUCCAUUCUGGGAGUUUCGGCUUCAACGGUGCACAAUAAAAACACAAUAAUGAAGGAUCCCAAGCCACUGAAUGGCCACGAAAAGGCGGCGGAGCUGAUGGACGCGAAGCGCACCGAACCGUCGUCCUUGCGGGACAAGUACCUGUACUUUAAGCGCAACAUAACCGUCGAACCGAUGCUGGCCUGCUAUAUCAUGCCAAGCGUGCUGGCUGGGCUGGCAACGCAGAACCUCAACCUGGAGAAGGCGUGCCGCGUGAACCUGGCGUAUGGGGACGAAGUGUGCGAUGCACUGACGCGCCGUGACACGGCCAACUACACACACGAGGAGGAGAUGGUCCAGCACCUGGUGGCGCGGAUGGCCGGCUGGAAGACUGUGCUGCAGAGUGCGCUCCCCUGCCUGCUGAUAAUGUUCUGGGGCUCGUGGAGCGAUCGGCACGGGCGAAGGAAACCGUGCAUGCUGAUACCGAUCAUCGGCGAGUUCCUGACGGCGAUCGGGUUGAUUCUGUGCACGUACUUCGAGUCGGUCCCGAUGGAGGUGGCCGGCAUCACGGAGGCCCUAUUUCCGGCCCUGACUGGCGGCUGGUUCACGAUGUUUAUGGGCGUCUUCAGUUACAUCGCCGACGUGACAACAACCGAGGAGCGCACGCUGCGUAUCGGCAUCGUGAACCUGUGCUUCUCGCUCGGUGUCCCAAUUGGGCUGGCCUUCAGUGGGGUCCUUCUGAAACAAAUCGGAUUCUACGGAGUGUUUUCGCUCUCGGCUACCCUCUACCUGCUGGCCUUCUUCUACGGCAUCCUGAUGGUCAAGGAGGUGGACAUUGUCAGCGAGAAGGAACGGCAGGCGGCGAAGGAGAAGAGUCUGCUGGCCGACUUCUUCGACCGCGAGCACGUGAUGGAGACGUUUCGGGUGGCGUUCAAGAUCGGCCAGCGGCAGCGGCGACUGCGCGUCAUCAUGCUGAUGAUCGUCGUGAUGGUUGUAAUCGGACCGAUGCACGGAGAGAUGGCGGUAAUUUAUCUAUUCACCCGUUACCGCUUCAACUGGAGCGAGGUGGAGUUCAGUUUCUUCUCCACCUAUGGCAUGCUGACCGGGCUGAUUGGGACCGUGUUUUCCGUGGGCGUCUUUUCCCAUCUGCUCAAGAUAGAUGAUGCACUGAUCGGUGUGAUGUCCUGCAUGUCGAAGAUUCUGUCCAGCUUUGUGUACGCGUUCGCUGUCAACACCUGGCAGCUGUGUCUGGGUCCUAUCGUAGAGAUGCUGAACGGCACCUCGUUCAUCUCGAUGCGCUCGAUUGCGUCGAAGCUGGUGGCGAGCGACGAGCUAGGCAAAGUAAACUCGCUGUUUGGCGUUGCCGAAGCCCUGAUGCCACUCGUUUACGCCCCGAUGUAUACAACCGUCUACUCGCUGACGAUCAAUGUGCUGCCGGGGGCUUUUUUUCUGCUCGGUGGAGCCCUCACCGCACCGGCCGUGGUCAUAUUUCUGUGGAUGUACCGAGUGCACAAGCGGGAGGCGCGCGAGAUUGCGGAAGAGAAGCGUGCGGAAGAUGCGUACCGACAGCUGGGCGAGUGCAGUGACGGCGGUAGGCACGAUCCGGCCACGAUCUUUCCGUCGACCGGUGUCGGUGUCGUGAAUGCAGCCUUCGAGGAUGACGGCGUCAGCGGCCAACGGGUGAAGAACAAACUGUGA